AUGUCGGAGAAAGCAGAUUUGAAACACGGCAACAAUUCACCGCAGCUAGAGCCGGUCUUAUCCUUCACCAAGGAGGACUUGGAAGACAAGCAACUCCAUGUGCUCACGUCGUUUGUGUCCCCCGGUGGGAAAGAAGUGCAGAUCACCAACAAUGUCGACCAAGCCAUGAAGUACGCAAUGGAGCACGAGGAUGAGCGCAUCACCAUCGAUCCCGAGACGGACAGGCGGCUCUUGCGCAAGAUUGAUAUGUUCAUGCUUCCAGUGAUGUGCUUGCUCUACUGCUUUCAAUUCAUGGACAAGACUUCCACCAGUUACAGCUCCAUCUUGGGCUUGAGACAAAGCUUGCAUAUGAAGGGGGACAUGUAUAGUUGGACGACGACGUGUUUCUACUUGGGGUAUUUGGUGUUUGAGUUCCCGGCGUCGUUGUUGCUCCAGAGAUUCCCCGUUGCAAAGACAGUAUCUGCUUUCAUUAUAGUCUGGGGAUGAUAUUGGCAUUGUGCGCCGUGCCGCAGUACCCUGGCUUCAUAGCGUUGCGAACCAUCUUGGGCAUGUUGGAGCUGGCGGUGACGCCCGCGUUUGCUAUAAUCACGUCGCAAUGGUAUAAAAAGGACGAGCAGUUUUUGCGUACCGCGUGCUGGUUCGCUUCCAACGGGAUCGGAACUAUUGUCGGACUGGCGAUCGCGUACGGGCUAUACAUCAACGGGGAAAACUAUUCGCUUCCAGCGUGGAAGUUGGUGUUUGUCGUCACUGGGUGCAUCACCAUCUUCAUGGGCUUCGUGGUCUUGUUGCACAUCCCCGAUAACCCCACCGGCGCGUGGUUCCUUACCAAAGAGGAGAAAUUGUUGGUUGUUGAAAGAAUCAGAUCGAAUCAGCAAGGUUUCGGUAACCCAAGGUUCAAAAAGAGUCAAUUCAUCGAAGCGAUAACUGAUCACCGCACAUGGCUCUUUUUCUUAUUCGCGUUGCUGUCGGAUAUCCCCAACGGAGGAAUCUCGUCGUUUGGAUCCAUUCUCCUAAAUGAAGACUUCAAGUUUAGCACCGCCAACUCGAUGCUCAUGCUGAUGCCCGCUGGCGCAGUUGAGAUCGCCGGGUGUGUGUUUUUCGCCUACAUGACGCGAUUCAUCAAGUCGCGAAUGACGAUGUCGAUAUUCGUGACUUCGAUCGUGGUGAUGGCGCAGUGUCUCUUGGCGUUUGCCCCGACGAACCAGGGCCAAUUGGCAGGAUACUAUCUUUACUCCUUGGGUCCCAUUGGCUUUAUUUGCGUGCUCUCGCAGGUUUCUUCCUCGGUUGCUGGCCACACGAAGAAGGUCACCGUCAAUGCUAUAUUCUUGAUUGGCUACUGCGUGGGAAACCUCAUUGGGCCACAAACGUUCAUCUCGACGCAGGCUCCCAAAUACCAAGGGGCCAAAGUCGCGAUUGUCGUCUGCGGUGUGUUUUCGCUUUUAUGCUUGAUUGCCAUUUACGUGUCGUACUACGUGGACAACAAGAAGAGGGACUCGAUGCCGCCCGUCGACAUGAGCCACGUUGAAAACUACGAGUUUGCUGAUCUCACGGAUAAGGAGAAUCCCAAUUUCAGAUAUGCUCUAUGA